CACAUGUCGUCUUCCUCACCAUCAAGCAACAGAGGUUCUUCAUCUGGUUCAGCGGAUAGUGGCUCUCACAACCAUUCAAGUGACUCAGCAAAUCAGGCUUCUCAUGGACGCCCUCGCGCUGGAUCAGAAAGUGCCAGCAGGGGUCCUGUCUCAAAAGUCAUCGACAUGUUUCGCCACCGUUCACAUAGUGCUGUUUCUGCUGAGGACAAGAGGAAGGCGCAAAUUCUGCCGGCUUUGAACUCUGAUACCCAGCGAAACACGGAUCCGAGACUUGUUGACUUCUCCACACAUGGCUACGAACCUCUUGUGGAUGUCUGA